AUGAAUAAAAAUAAAUCACAAUUACCAACAGUUGUAAAAAAUAUUCAAGAAUUUGUACAAGAAAAUGUACAUCAUUGUCGUCUUUGUGGUAAAGCAAUAUGCGAUGUUUGUAGUUUAAAUCGUUCAACAUUACCUAAAUAUGGUUAUGAAUUUCCAGUUAGAGUUUGUAAUGAUUGUUUUGGUACAAUUUCAGAUGCUGAUCGAAUUUCAUUAGCAAAAUUUUAUGAUAGUAAACAUUGUAUAACACAUAUGAAUAUUGAUGAAACAAAUAAUCUAAUGAUUACAUCGGGUUUUGAUCGUAUUAUUAAGCUCUGGGAUAUAAGUAGCCUUUUUGGUUAAAUUUUGUGACUAAAAAAUGUGUGACUGGAUUAACCCGAAACAACAACAUUCGAAUCGAACGAUCAUGAUAACCAACACAACAAUACACACAUAAUUCU